AUGUCAAAAGUCGGUAUGCGAGAGAAUAUAUGUAGAAGUAUUGAUCAUAAUCACGCACCAGAUCCUGAUAAGAUUACUGCUGCAAUAUUUAAAUCAACUAUUAGAGAAAAAUCAGUGGCUUCACACGAUCCACCUCGUCGAUUAAUCAGAAAUGCGGAACAAGCUAUCCAUCCAGAUGAUAUCAGUUCACUUCCAUCAUAUCAAGCGUCACAACGUACAAUCGAAAGACGUAGUAAAAAAGCAGAUCAUCCAUUACCAACACCACAACAGCUGAGUGAUAUUCAUUUUCCGCAAGAACUUACUCUUACAACAACAACAAAUGAACGCUUUUUAUUAUGUGGUAUUAAUCAUCACCAACACGGAAUUAUUAUAUUUGCAUCGGACAAAGACCUUGAACGUUUAUCGAAUUCAGAAAGAUGGCAUUGUGAUGGCACGUUUAAAAUUGCACCUCAAUUAUUUCAUCAAAUGUAUACAAUUCAUGGAAUAAUUAAAAACAAAAGUGUACCGUUAGUUUAUGCAUUCUUAAGCGGAAAAUCAGAACAAUUAUAUGAAGAAAUGUUUAACGAAAUUAUUAAUAAUAUUACCAAAGAGCCAAAAUUUGUUACUAUUGAUUUUGAAAUUGCAGUAGCCAAUGCUCUUAAAGCAACAUUUCAAAAUGUCACUGU